GGAUGGCGAGGUGACCAGGCGUGGAGCCGGGCGCUCUGCAUGCCCUACUUCCGCAUGUUCUGCUCGGAGUUCGUGGCCGUGCUCGAGGGCCUGGCGACCGGCGACGAGCACAUGCAGUACAAGUGCGCCAUGCUGACCAGGUACCUCCUGGCGCAACACAUGUGGCACACCGCGUCCUUCCUCAUGACGGAGAGCCUGCGCGCUGGCGCCCUGCUGUCCAUGGGUUCGGCCUGUCUGAGGGAGGAAGACCUGGGGCCUGAGGCACUCAAGAGCCACUUUUUGAGCAGAGGGCGGUGA